AUGGCAUUCAGAGACACUCUUUCGACCAUAACUGCGCAUCCCUCUCUCUUCCUCCUCUGUUUCAUCAUACUAAUCCCAGCUCUCAUCCUCCUUUACGACAUUUCGAUCUACCUCCAACUUCCGCCAGGUCCCACACCACUGCCCUUUCUCGGAAGCAAACUCUCGAUUCCCAAAACCCAGCCAUGGAUCAAAUUCCAGCAAUGGUCCCACCGAUACGGACCCAUCUUCACCCUCUGGAUCGGCCGCAGACCCACGCUCGUAAUCUCAGAUCCACAAAUCGCCGUCGAUCUCCUCGAGAAACGAAGCAACAAAUACAGCUCUCGUCCGCGCAUGGUGGUGAUGGGAGAGGUUUACAAUGGGAACAGUUCGAUUCUGACACAGCCGUAUGGAAAAGCUUGGAGUGUGAGGAGGAAGAUGCUACAUCAAGCUCUGAAUCCGAAGGCGUUGAGGUUGUACAAACCCACGCAGGAAGCGGAGGCUAGUAGGCUGUGUUUUGCGUUGUUGGGGAACGCGGAGGCAUGGGAGAAAGAGUUGGAGAGGUUUACGAGUAGCGUGGUUUUCUGUGUAGCAUAUGGGCAUCGGAUUGAUUCGUUGAGAGCAGAGGUCAUUACGGAGAGGUUCAAGUUCAUGCAUUAUAUGGCGAGCCUAAACAUUCCAGGGAAGUAUCUGGCCGAGACGGUUCCACUGUUGGCGAGGCUUCCCAAUUGGCUUGCGCCUUGGAAGAAAGGAAUUCAGGAGACGGGAAAGAUGGAAGGGAGAGCUAAUCUGAAGCUACUGGAGGUGGUAAAGAAUGAUGUUGCCGUGGCGAGAGAGAACGGGAGGCUGGAUGAGGUACCGGAUAGUCUCAGCAAGCUUCUGUUGGAAUUACGAGAGAGGGAGUCCAUUCCACUGAGCGAGACUCACUUCUCGUAUGUACCUGCUUCGCUCUUUGGUGCCGGAUCCGACACCACGGCCUCAACCCUCUGCUCUGCCUUUUUGGCGCUCGUUACACAUCCAAGUGUUCUCCGGGCUGCACAAGCGGAACUUGAUCGCGUAGUCGGUCCAGAACGGACUCCGCUUUUCGAGGACGAAGCGAAGCUGCCCUACCUGCGUGCACUUUGCAAAGAGACGCUACGAUGGCGACCAGUAGCCGUGCUCGGAGGCACACCUCACGCGUCAAGCGAGGAGGACGUCUACGAAGGGUGGCACAUCCCUUCCGGCACCACGAUACUCGGCAACAACUGGGCCAUCAAUUUGAACGAGGACUACUAUCCUCAGCCUCAUCACUUCGAUCCGGUGCGCUUCCUUUCCGAUGCCGAAAGACAUCAGCUCGGAAUAGAGAAGCAAGCGUACGUUGGCCAGAAGGAACAUCCGUCGAAAUCUGGACACAGCUCAUUCGGAUGGGGCAGACGGAUAUGUCCAGGAGCGGAUCUCGCAAGUAACAGUCUGUUCAUUGCCUUGAGCAAGCUCUUGUGGGCUUAUGAUGUCCUACCGAGCGAGGGUCAAGAGUAUGAUAUCUUUGCGUACACGGAUGGAUUCAAUGUCAGACCGAAGAAGUUUGAGUGCUUGAUCCGGGUGAGAAGUGAGAGACAUAGGAAUGUGUUGGAGAAGGCGCAACUGGAUGCAAUGAAGUGGUUGGAGAAGUUUACGCCUUUUCGAGAGUGAGGAGAUGGUAAAUAGGUACCUUCCCUGUAUUUUAGACAGUCCAUGACGAGAGCGGAGCUCGGCCCGCUUCUUGUGGGAACGCCGAUCUCACCAACAAAUUCGCGUUGGAGCAUUGGACCAAAGUGUUUCUUUUCCCUUCCUUGUUGCACACAUCGCAAGCGCAUCAAACUCCCCAUGCUCCGACGUCUUGUACAUAUCCGCUGGACAGAAUAGUCGCCGCGUUGGCUUCCGCGCAGUUCUUCAUCGAGCGCCUUACGAGAUCUACGACUUUACGAGUCUUUCAUAGACACGCGAGCAGGCCUCGACACCUCCGUCUGUACUCAUCUCCCGCGCGUAAAGACGACAAGAAAGACGCUCAGCAGCCACAAGCGAAGCACUCGUCCAUUGGCGUCCUGAAAGACCUGCUCUUUGGGCAUCAGUCGCAGCAAAACUCAACAGGCGCUGAGCAAACGCAAGCAUCGAAGCGGACAGAAGACGAGCAGCUGGUCGCUACCACCGAACCGCGCAUUCGGCCGUGGAUACCACGGGAAUCCCCAGAACAGCGUUGGCGAGCCCGUCAAGGACUACACGGGGGCACACGGUCUACGCAGCGGAUUCGGGCCGCGCAGGACCAGUACUUGAGCAAUGGAGAUGCGGACAGUGACUCACGAGCAAGGCUAGAACGUGUCAUCGCUGCCACGCAUGGGGAGAUCAUCUUUCACAAUCAUCACGUCAAGAAGUUCCUCGAGCCUCGCUAUCCCAAAUUCUUCCAAGACUACGUGAAACCUGAUCAUCGGGCACCUGUCAAGAUGAAGUCGCAAGUUCAGAUUCUCACAACGCCAACGGCGGAUACACCUGGCACGUCGCUCCUGUUGUCCUUCGACAACAAGCGGUACCUGAUUGGAAGUCUGGCAGAAGGGACUCAAAGAGCUAGCGUGCAGAUGGGAGCCAAGUUGUUGAGGGUCACCGAGUGCUUCCUCACUGGCAGGACAGAAUGGAGCAAUACGGGUGGCAUGAUUGGGAUGAUCCUGACUUUAGCGGACCAGAGCUCUACAAGUCAGGCCAGCUCGCAGGAAGAAGCACUGAAGAAAGUACGAGCGAAAGCUCAGAGGCUGGGCAUUGCUAAUGACAAGGAAAAGAUGCGGCAGCUGGAAGAUGAGGCCAAGAUGGGAACCAUGAGCUCGUUGAAGAUCUUUGGUCCGCCCAAUCUCAACCAUACACUGGCUACUGCGAGGCGGUUUGUCUUCCGGAAAGGCAUGCCUGUGGACAUACACGAGAUUCGAGAUGGCAAGUCGCCGGGCCCAAACGAAGAUGGAGAAUGGAGCCCCUUCUGGGCGGACGAGAACAUGAAAGUCUGGGCUUUGUCGAUUUCGCCGAUCCGCACGGCUUCUCCCUCCAAUCGUACUCCAACAGCCGUCAGUCCUCGUAAGAGGAGUAUAGAUGAGGUUGACGCUGUAGAGAAUGGUACACGUACAUCGGCGAUAGAUGCGCUUGACGCACGAGAACGAAAUUACCUAACAGUCAAAGCUGUGGUUUCAGAGAUGUUCAACUCGACCUGGAGGCUAGACACGCUUUAUGAAACACCUCUAUCUGAGGUCAGAUUACCAGCCACAAUCUUCGUUCGCAACCGCGAAACGCACAAGAUCGAAACGUACAGAGGUCCAAAACCGGGUGACAAGCCUGUGCCCGAUCCGAACAUGACGGUGCUUGUGCGAAAGCCGUGGCCUGGAGCUCUUGUGGAGAGCCUGCCACAUACCGAGCCAGCAAAGGAGGCAAUUAGUUACAUCUUCCGCAACCACAUGCAGCGUGGCAAGUUCCAUCCCGAGCGAGCGACAGAGCUGAAGGUCCCAAAGGGCAAGUCUUGGGCAGCCCUUGCGCUGGGCGAGAGUGUCCAGAACGAAGUUGGGGAAACAAUCACGCCCGAAAUGGUACUCGACCCAAGCCGUGUUGGCGGAGGAAUGGCAGUCGUCGACUUGCCUGCUCCAGAGUACAUCGAUAAUCUCAUCAGCCGGCCGGAGUGGCGAGAGCCGAAAGUCAUGGAAGGAGUCGGAGCGAUUAUUUGGAUGUGCGGGAAAGAUGUGGCAACAGACUCGCGACUUUCCGCCUUCAUGCAGGAGUUCAGCAACCUCGAGCAUAUCGUGUCCUCGCCUGAUUAUUGUCCAAACAAUCUUGCCUACGACUCAGCUGCGGCAGCCACCGUCAGGCUGCGUCAGGUUGACCCAGACCGGUAUGGCAUUCCUGUGCACGAUGCCGAGUCUGCCGAUGGCGAGCAACCUUACGGAGGCAGCGGCUGGUAUCAGGUCGCACGCAAGAGGCAGCCCCUUCCGGAAAAGGUGCACAUCGCAGCUCGUGGACAAACAGUUGAGCUGGAGCCUGCUAUCAAGUUCCAGACCCAAGGCGUCAUUCCUGCGCUUGCAAUCGCCGAAACAGUCGCGGAGGUGCCCCAAGAUGUGAUGGAAGAGGCGCGUAAGGCACAGGAGGCAAUCAAGGCGCCUGAUGAGGAGCUAGAGAGGUGGCGACAGAGCCUCCCUCCUGGUGCACAAGACGCUGAGAUCAUCACACUCGGUACCGGUUCGGCUCUGCCCUCAAAGUACCGGAACGUGUCUGCCACAUUAGUGAGGGUGCCUGGCUGGGGAAAUAUGCUGAUGGAUUGCGGUGAGAAUACACUCGGCCAGCUCAGACGUGUCUUCACAGCCGCCGAGCUAAAAGAGGUUCUUCGUGAUCUAAGGCUCAUCUUCAUCAGCCACAUGCACGCAGAUCAUCAGCUUGGAACGACUAGCGUCAUCAAGGCCUGGUACGAAGAAGUGCACGGCAGCCAACCAGACCUCUUGUUAUCCGAAUCUACCCCGACAACCCAAUCUGGUCUCGACUUUGAGACACUAUUCAACAACAGAGACAGACUGGCCAUAGUCGCCGAGCCAGCAAUGCUGCAUUGGCUCAAAGAGUACCGUGCGGUCGAAGACUACGGGUACUCACGUAUUGCGCCGCUCCUUCUCACAGCUCCCCGAGAUCAUGUUCACGAUUAUAGGAGCUUACUAUGCUGGCACAUUCCGCAUUCAGAACUGGACGGUCUCUCACACUCCGUGCGUAACCGUCGAAUCAAAGAAGCCACUGUGCCCCUAUCCUACCUCGACUUGGAGAACAUUGAAGCUGUGCUGGUGAACCACUGCCAGGGCGCUCGCGCAGUCAGCAUCACUCUGACUUCGGGUUUCAAAGUCAGCUACUCCGGUGACUGCCGACCCUCAAAGGAUUUCUCUCGGAUCGGCCAGGGCAGUACCGUUUGCAUUCAUGAGGCCACCUUUGACGACGAACUUGCAGGCGAUGCCAAGGCCAAGAAACACAGCACGACGUCCGAGGCGCUGGGUGUGGCGCAAAAGAUGGGUGCCAAGGCCUGUGUUCUGACUCACUUCAGUCAACGGUAUCAGAAAGUCCCCGUCCUAGAACGCGCCGAGGGACAAUCUCCCACGGUCAAGGACGUGCCCGUAACCUUCGGCUCCGUCACUCCACCGUUAGAAGAAGACGAAGUCUCCGCGGAUGCCGCUGAGAAUGAUGCGCCCAUUGUGGAGGACGACGUAGCAGAGACCUUUCCCGAUCAAGAGACUUCCAACGGCACCGGACAGCAGUACGACCUUCCCUCUCGAAGGCCCGAAGGUCCACCCGAAGCGGUCAAAUUCAAGCUCCAGUCGGAUAUGAAGGUCUGCGUUGCUUUUGACUACAUGCGCGUCAAGGUGGGAGAUAUUGGGGUGAUGGAGAAACUCACUCCAGCGCUGUUGAAGUUGUUUGCUGAGGAGGAAGAGGAAAGGGCUGAGGCGGCGGCGAAGAAUCUCAAAAAGGACAAGAAGGAGAAGAAUAAGGGUAAAGGGAAGAGGAACAAUUAG